AUGGAUAGUGGUGGUGAUGGAACAUCCGAAAAGAGAGAAGAUGUUGAACCAGCUGUAGCGGUUGCGCAAAGUAGAUCUACUUCAGAUUACCAUACCAAGUCUCUAAAAGAUUCUCUUAUUGGCAUAAAACGUGUGGCUGAUCUGGCGGAGCAGGCUGCUAUCGUUCAACAGCAGGCUGCUGAGGAUGCAAUUAGGGCUGCUGCUGAUGCUAAAACUGCAGCAGAAGCAGCACGUAAAACUGCUAAUGACAGAGAAAAAGCUAGACACGAAUAUCCAUUACCAGGAAUCGAUACUGUAUAUCAUAAGUCUCUAGAAGAUUCUCUUAUUGGCAUAAAACGUGUGGCUGAUCUGGCGGAGCAGGCUGCUAUCGUUCAACAGCAGGCUGCUGAGGAUGCAAUUAGGGCUGCUGCUGAUGCUAAAACUGCAGCAGAAGCAGCACGAAUCGAUACUGUAUAUCAUAAGUCUCUAGAAGAUUCUCUUAUUGGCAUAAAACGUGUGGCUGAUCUGGCGGAGCAGGUUGCUAUCGUUAAACAGCAGGCUGCUGAGGAUGCAAUUAAGGCAGCUGCUGAUGCUAAAACUGCAGCAGAAGCAGCACGUAAAACUGCUAAUGACAGAGAAAGAGCAAGAAGAGGAUGCAAUUAA